AUGGUUGAUAAAAGAAACCCUAGCAUGGAGUUCUCCUCUUCUUGCGUGUGGCACUCGGUUCGGUACACGGCUCCGGAAGUGAAUUGGUGUAGGAUUGUUUGGUUUGCGCAGUCUAUCCCCCGUCAUGGUUUUUUGAUGUGGCUGGUCCUUAAAGGUAAACUUUUGACUCAAGAUAAAAUUCUAAAGUGGGAUCUAUCGCGGAGGAAGAACAUGAAUAUGAUGUGUUGCAUGUUGUGUUACCAGAAUUAUGACUCUCAUCCGCAUUUGUUUUGUGAAUGCAAUUAUUCGGCUCAAGUGUGGUAUAAAAUUCAAAACAAGGUCAACAUGGGUGAUGUUAGUCCCAAAUGGCAAGAGAUAGUUGAUUGGUUGCUGGCUCGGGUUCGGUCUAAAUCGGCUAGGAACUAUAUCGCCAAAAUUCUGGUUGCGGCUGCUGUGUACUUUUUUUGGCAAGAAAGAAAUGAUAGAACUUUUAAGAAUCAGUUGAGGCCUCCGGAGAAAAUUAGUGAGAUUAUUUUAAAUACGGUCAGAUACAAGCUGAUGGGAGCCAAACUAAGGAACACCUCAAGUGUGCGGAGACUUCUCGAAGAGUGGGAGAUUCGUGGGAAGCAUGAUGAAGAUGAUGGCGGCUGA